CUGAAGGCAGGGAUCAGUGUUAGCCAAUAGAUGUAGAUCAGAAGGUAUCACGGUGGUCUGAUUGCAAAAAUGAACCUUUGUCACAUUCUACUCUUAGGGUCGUUCAACAAACACUGCCCUCAGAGGCCCCACACUCAAAAAACCAUAGCAAUUAAUACAACAGUUAUUUGGACACGAAGUCAUCGUCGUGGUAAGGGCUCACGGAGGUGAGGAUAAUGAGACGAUCUCCCUUAAAACUUUUGGGAAGGCUGAAACUCUAAAAUGAUCAGCGAGAGUCCAGACGAGUAGGUCUAAAAAUGGAUCGAAACACUGUGCGAGAAAUUAACAGAAGACAAAAUGCAGCUAUUUGAAGUUCAAGAUUGGUGUUAUGAGUCACAAGUGUCGUGUAACAGGUCUUGUCUUGGACCAGAAGAAUGGAACGAGGUUGCCGCUUCCUGUGAAGGACGAGUGCAGUCCCCCAUUAACAUUGUGACCAGGAAAACCCUGCUCGAUGAACGUCUCGUGCCUUUCACAUUCUCAGGCUAUGAAGAAGCGUUUCGCAGUCUCCUUAAAAACAAUGGCCACACAGUUGAAGUGGACCUGCCCCACAGUGCCAUGGUAAGUGGUGGUUCACUAGAAAGCACAUACAGGGCAGUACAGCUGCACUUGCACUGGGGCCAGAAUGGAGGAUCGGGAUCAGAACACACAAUUGACGGGGAGCAGUAUCCCAUGGAGCUGCAUAUAGUCCAUGUGAAGCAGGAAUACAGUUCCUUGGCUGAAGCUCUUGAAGACCCCACCGGAGUUGCAGUCCUCGGAUUUUUUUUCGAGACAUCAAAAAGUGCCAAUAAAAAAUAUGAGCCCAUCAUAAGAUCCUUGGGAAACAUUAAACAGUCUGGCUCCAACGCAUCUCUCAAUGGCCUCUCCCUGGAUAUGCUCAUCCCCGCAAAGGAGGACAUGCGAACGUACUACCGGUACCAGGGCUCCCUCACCACACCGGGCUGCUCCGAGGCGGUGGUCUGGACCCUGUUUCAAUGCACCAUUCCCCUCAGCAAGGAGCAGCUCUCCGCAUUUUCCGCUCUUCGGUUUAGUAGCGGUGAACCAAUGAUAGGGACGUUCCGCCCAGUGCAGCCGCUGAACGGCCGCAGGGUGUACCGAUCUGGAAGCGGCGCUGUUCUGGCCAGCACAAUCGCCCCGGUCAUCUCUGUCCUAGUCUCCAUUGGACUGUGAUGGUUCACGCUGUGAAUAUUUUUACAUGGUAAUCCUUCAGGCUAAAAAAACAUCCUCAUUGCAAGUAUGUUUAUAAAUGCCUAAAUCUACCACUGACAUUUUCAAAUGACGAGUCAAAUAUUACAGUUAUACUAAUCAACAAAUAAAAAUACGUUGAUUUCGUUACCUCUAAUUUUAUUUGAAAACCUUUAAAAAGUGCAAACUUUAAGCACAUCGGCACUGUUUCAUAUCGUACAUAAUUAUACACUAGUUUUAUUUUUUAUAUGUAACAAAUGCUUCAGGAAUUGCUUUUUUAUCUUGCCAUUGUCACAUGGGCAAUAUUACAUCCAAGUUUUUCAGGCAGCAUUAAAUUGUUAAACUCACAUUUUGGUUUAGUUAGAUUUAUGAGCAGGAGUGUGCUCCAAGUCAAAAUAAAGGUGCUGUGAAUUUAA